AUGUUGUGUNGUGUGUGUGUGUGUGUGUGUGUGUGUUUUUGUUUGACACAGUUGUUGAGCGACUGGAAGCUGAAGUUUGAAGAGUGUCAGGCGGACUUGGAGUCGUCACAGAAAGAGUCUCGCAGUCUGAGCACCGAGCUCUUCAAACUGAAGAACUGUUACGAAGAAGCUCUGGACCAUCUGGAGACGGUUAAACGAGAAAACAAGAACCUACAAGACGAGAUCCUUGACCUGACAGACCAGAUCAGUCAUGGAGGCAAGACCAUCCAUGAGCUGGAGAGGAUGAAGAAGAUCCUGGACGUGGAGAAGAGCGAUAUCAGAGCAGCUCUGGAGGAGGCAGAGGGCAGUCUGGAGCACGAGGAGAGUAAGACACUGAAGGUUCAGAUGGAGUUGCAGCAGGUGAGGACUGAGAUCGACCGCAAGAUCGCAGAGAAAGACGAAGAAAUCGACAUCCUCAGGCGGAACAACCAGCGUUCCCUGGAUACCAUGCAGGCCGGUUUGGAGGCGGAGGUUCGAAGUCGCACUGAGGCCGUUCGUCUGAAGAAGAAGAUGGAGUCUGACCUGAAUGAGAUGGAGGUUCAGCUGGGACAUGCCAACAGACAGGCGGCCGAGAGCCAAAGGAUCAUCCGACACCUGCAGACGCAGGUUAAAGAGCACCAGGUGGACCUGGAGGACAAAGUCCAUUUGACCAAUCAGCUGAAAGAACAGAUCGUCCUGUUGGAGCGACGCUGUUCUCUGAUGACGGCGGAGGAGGAGGAGCUCCGCAUGGUCCUUGAGCAGACUGACCGCGCCCGCAAGAUGGCUGAACACGAGUUGGUGGAGAUCGUAGAGAGAGUGAACCUGCUCUCCGCACAGAACUCAGGUCUGAUGAACCACAGGAAGAAGAUGGAGUCUGAAUUGUCUCUGCUGACAGGAGAGGUGGAAGAGGCCAUACAGGAGAGGCGCAGCACUGAAGAGAAAGCAAAGAAGGCCAUCACUGAUGCAGCUCUGAUGGCGGAGGAGCUGAAGAAGGAGCAGGACAGCAGCGGCAUGUUGGAGAGAAUGAAGAAGAACAUGGAGUCGACAGUGAAAGAACUGCAGGUGAAACUGGAUGAGACGGAGCAGAUGGCGCUGAAGGGAGGAAAAAAACAGCUUCACAAACUGGAGACGAGGGUGAGGGAGCUGCAGACGGAGCUGAUGGUGGAGCAGAAGAAGAGUGAUGAUUAUCAGAAAGGAGUCCGUCGCUACGAGAGAAGAGUCAAAGAGCUGACGUACCAGUCGGAGGAGGACAGGAAGACUCUGCUCAGGAUGCAGGAGCUGGUCGAGAAGCUCCAGACCAAAGUCAAGAGCUGCAAGAGACAAGCUGAGAACGCUGAGGAGCAGGUGAGCGGGAGCGCAGUGCGUUUCAGGAAAAUCCAACACGAGCUGGACGACGCGGAGGAGAGAGCUGAUAUGGCAGAGACGACAGUAAACAAGCUGCGCAUUCGAACCCGUGAACAGACCACCAAGGUCACCGUGAUCGCUGAAUGAAGCUGCUCUGACUCUUCAGACGCCAUCGGUGUGUUUCUGGUGUUCGUGGCGUCUCUGAUGAUUGAUUGCUGUGUUUUGACGUGUUUGUGUUGUAUAAUCCAGGAUCCCGACUUCAAUCUGCAUCAUCUACUGUUUGCAUCCAUAUCCGUCGGUUUCUACGAUUCUCCACUGCGGAGCAUUUGAGUGAGCUGAUUUGUACAGGAAGUGUCGAAGGCAGUGAGAACGUGAUCAGCAGCCGAGUCUCGCUUACGGGUUUGUUGGGCAAUGAAAGGUUUCAGCAGUGAGUUCACGCAGCUACAGAUAAAGAACACGUGUCAGUCCGACCCGAUGACUGUAUAUAAAGACAAUAUGACACCUCCCAAAAAUUAAGUCAAACCAUCUCGAUCGCCCCCUGGUGGCAGGCUGCAAUAUAGGUCAAAGAUGGUUUUGAAGGCUUCACCAGCACAAGAUGGUAACGCCCAUAUUUUGGCUUAAUUUCUGUUCAACAGGAGGAAGUGAUCAUGUAUAAACAUCGAUUGUCUUUAUAUAGUCAUUGAUCGUG